CCAGGGGCGGACUGACCAUUUGGAAACUCGGGCACUGCCCGAGGGCCUGAGGUCAGUAGCGGGCCCCAUGAGAUGCCCCUGGUACCUUUUUCAUAGGCUUUUUUGAAUUUGGGCAAGGACACAGGGGCCCCAUGAUCCCCUAUUGCCCGGGGGCCCCAUGAGUUGUCAGUCCGCCCCUGGUGUGAACUUGCUACCUAUCAGUGCCACCUCAUCAGUGCCCAUCAGUGCUGCCUAUCAGUGCCCAUCAGUACAGCCUCAUCAAUGCACA